UAACACAUUAUUUUAGCUCACAUACAUCUAAGAAUAAAACUGAAUGAACUUAUGAGAAUGCCUGUGGAGCUGAAGGUCAUUCAGCCGGUCCAUAGAAAGGUCACAUCACCAUCAUCUUCAUCUUCACAGAGAAGCUUUUCCACCCCCUCCUCCCAACAGGAAGUCAACUAAUGUCACUGUCAAAGAAGCAGACUACAAACUGCAGGAACUUUAUUUUGAAAAUCUUUGUUGCUGCCUCACACUCCCCUGCAGAAAACAAGGUGUGAUGAGGAUGCUCUGGGGCUGCCUGACAACUUUUAAAAAGGUUGAUACGUAUUAUUUCUGUCAAAUCAACUCUUGAACUCCACGACUUGUGGCUCUUCUUCCUCACCUUCAUCAUAAGGAAUCUGAGCAUGUGCAGAGCUUUGCUGCUCCUCAAUUUCUGGCAGGUAUAAAUCCAGAGCCAGGCGGAGCGUUUUAGUCAGACUGAAGAGGAGACACAGAGAGAAGCUUCACCUGGUGGGAAACAGUGAACCGGCCGAUCACCUGCUGCAGAAACUGAAGAGGAGCCGUCACUCAGCUCACCUCCAGGCUGUGAGAUGAAGGUGAACGUGUUGCUCCUUGCAGUUCUACUUGGCAUCAUCCUCUCACUCACCGCUGAAGGCCGACCUACUGUGGUCCCCCUAAGCCGGAGCAAGCCGCUGCUCCUCCGCCUCGGUGAGGAGUUUUCCUUCAGGUUGGGUGGAGGAGGCGCAGCUCCAGAUCCAUCUUUCUCCUCCUCCUCAGCAGUGAACCGAGCUCUGCUGCAGCUCACACAACACCUCCUGCAGGAGAAGCAGCAGCUGGAAGAGGAAGGUGAAGAAAAGGGGAAGAGGUCAGAUGAGGCUCCCCUCUCCCUGGAUUUGACCUUCCACCUGCUCAGAGAGGUUCUGGAGAUGGCCCGGGCCGAACAGAUGGUCCAGCAGGCCAACAACAACCGCAUAAUGAUGGAGGCCUUCGGAAAAUGAGCUCCUCCUCCUCCUGUCUGAGCUGGACGUUCACGUUGCAGAGAGGCUGCAGCUGCAGAUGAUGUUCAUGAACACACGGGAAACAACAAGAAAACAUCCCAGUAAAUUCAGGAUAACUCAAGUGAUCAUAAAGAUGUAUUAGAAAAGCUUCACCUUUGUGAUUUAAUACAUUUUUGGUGUAAUAAAAAAAAAAAAAAAAUUAUGACACAUUACAGCAAGUGGAAGGAUCGUGUUGACGCUUCAUUUAGACGACUGUUUUCUGAUUUCAUCCAUUUAAACUGUCUAAAUAAAAACUUUCCUUUUUGAAAUCUGAGAAGUUUUUCUUCCAUCACUCACAGUUUUAUUUAAUUAGAUU